AUGGCAGACUCAUCGAGCUCUGCUGCGCCCUCGGGCGCUGGCAAGCCCCAAGCGGCCCCGAAGCCUCCUAACCCAGCGUUUAAAAUGAUGGGCCUCCCUAAUAUGCGGUUCAAACUGCCCUCUCGCAACUGGAUGAUCUUCCUUACUAUCACUGGAUCAUUCACCGGUGCUCUUAUAUACGAUCGUCGGGAGAAGCGCCGCGUGCAACAGAAGUGGUCGGAGCUCGUGGCUCACAUUUCGAAAGAAACUCUACCAGUCGACCAGAUGCGCCGGAAAAUGACAGUGUACCUGGCUGCACCACCAGGGGAUGGCCUGCGCGUGGCCCGGGAUCACUUUAAGGAAUAUGUCAAGCCCAUCCUGGUGGCCGCGGCGUUGGACUAUACGGUGAUUGAAGGACGACGUGAGGGCGACGUGAGAGCCGGCAUGGCGGAAAACAUUCGCAAGCAGCGCCGAAAGGCCGGAGAGCCCAGCUCAGCUGUUGAGGAGACCGGCGUGGAGGCAGUCGUUGCUGCCACCCGGGAACACAUUGGGGUCACUGACGAGCCUGGCCCCAAGGGCGACUUGGUCAUCGGCAGACACACCUGGAAGGAGUAUGUCCGGGGCUUGCACGAGGGUUGGCUUGGCCCCUUGGAUCCACCAGCUCCGCCUCCAGAGGAGUCGAAGGAGUUGAUCGUGAAUACAGUGGAGGAUGUCAGUGCGACCAAACCAGCUGGUCUCGCAACCCCCGAGAUUGCGAGCAUCAAUUCUCCUGAGUUCUCCGAAGAGAAGAAAGAUGAGACCCCUGAGCCGAAGAUCGAGGAACCUGAGAAGGAAGAAGAGAAGAAGGAAGAAGAGAAGCCUUCCAAGCCAGCCGGUCCUACCCCUGCAUAUAUCUACCCUAGCGAAUACUCGUCCGCCAACCUCCCCACCACCAUUCCCCAGUCCUUCGACAGCUCCACCCCAGUCGAAUUCCCCCAUCUCCUCGGAUUCCUGAACACCCCGAUCCGAGUCUACCGCUUCCUCACACAACGUUACCUUGCCGAGGACGUCGGGCGCGAAGUUGCCGCAAUUGUCCUCGCGAAUAGCGCACGCCCAUACCGCGAAGGCGCCUUCAGCACAGACAACGAGCCUACCGCCGCCAACGUUGAACCCACCCCUUCUCUUGACAGCUCGUUCACCGACCUCCCCCCUCGCAACUACGAGCAGCAGACCGUAAUGGAGGCUGCUGAAAGUGAGUGGCACAAGUCUGCGCACAAGCGCGAGGAAGGCGAGGAUAAAGAGCGCGAGUGGAUUGAUGAUAUGGUGCUUGAUCAGCGCAUUGCCUCGCGCAUGCAGCGCGCCACUCUUUCCCCUGAAGACGAGGCGCGCGCUCAACGCAUCGCCGAGAAACAGGAAUACAUUCUUGGCGAGGAGCGGCCGACCCCCGUGCCUUUCUGGAAGCGCAUGUGGAUCGAUCACGGCUACGGUGAGAGUGACGAGGCCCUGAGACGUAAGCCCAUUUUGGGUAAUCUCGACGGAGAAGACACACAGUGA